ACAUCCUGUUUAAACCCCCAUACGGCGGUUAACGGCUAUUGAGAACGUGGGCUAAAUCUGCGCUUGCGCCGGGGGUGGCUGGCCCCACCCAAAAGGCGACUGGGUCCAAGAAGGCUGGUUGCUGCUUACUGGACACAGCAGCUGGGAACAGAUGAAGAUUUCUGAGUGCCUUGAUCCACAUCUUCUCUCAAGUAUUCAGCUCCAUCUUCAAGGUGAUAAAAUAGAAGCUAAACCAACUGAAAGAACUUAAUGGUUAUAUUCCACAUUGAAAGCAAAGCUCAGAAACAAUUAAGAAACUUCCACCUUAAGUAAUUUCAAUGGCAGAAAAAAGACAUGCCUACAACAUAGAAGAAGCAAUGGAGAAACUCAUGGGGCCUGAUAAACAAAAAUGGGCCACUAUGGAUCCAGAAGAACGUAUGGCAGCCGCUGCGAUAGCCUUUACCCAGAUCUGUGCAGGGCUGGGUGAGGGGGAUACCACAAGAGAAGCCAGAUCAAAACAGUAUGAUCCCUACAGUAAAGCUUCAGUGGCCCUGGGCAAGGCACCCUCUCUACCUGUGCAUCUGCGGUGCACACAAGAAGAGCUUACGGUUUCAGAGACUGGCUCAGACACCUCCCAGAUAGCCCGGAAGCCAGUAAUGAAGAGGAAAGUGCUUCGUAGGAAACCAGAUGGUGAAGUACUGGUUACAGAUGAGUCUGUUAUAAGUGAUUCAGGGUCUAGUGUAGAAAAUGACACGGAGCUCUGGGACUUGAGGCGAAGACUAAUGAAUCUGCAGCCCUGCCAUGAAGACAAUGAGACUGAGGCUGAAGGUAUGGAUAGUUCAGAGAAGCUGCACCCACAGCGUUCGUACCAUGACAUUUCUCAGGAGGAAGAAGAAGAAAUCAUCUGCUACCUACAAAGAGAAGCAAUGGAACCUCCAGUUUACGAACAAGAUCUAAUUGUUCCUAACCGACCCAAGUCAUUCAUCCUCCCAAAGCUGGAUCAACUAGGCCGAAAUCGGGGAAAGAUUGACCGAGUAGCCCGGUACUUUGAGUACAAAAGAGAUUGGGAUUCAAUGAGGUUCCCUGGAGAAGAUCAAAGGAAAGACCUUCGUUGGGGUGUUCGAGAGCAGAUGAUCUGUCGGUCAGAGCCCCAACUCAAGCCUCAGCACAUAUAUGUCCCCAACAACUACUUGGUGCCAACCAUGAAGAAAAGAUCUGCCUUACGUUGGGGCGUGCGCUGUGACCUAGCAAAUGGUAUCAUGCCCAGGUAGCUCCCUUCCCCUGUCUCUCCCUCUUACUCCUUUACUGUCUAGUUUCUUACUCAAGAUAAUCUGUGACUACCUGGUUUGUUCACACUUUCCAUAAAGAGAAACAACUGACUUUAAAAAACACAAGAAACAUUUUAAUGAAGGACUUCAUCCAUCACUGGCUUUUUUCUUUCUAUUCCAAACUGUCAGAUGCCAAUUAACUUCCAAAUUACCAUUCAUAAACCCAACACUCUUAAGACAAAUCAUGCCAGAGAAAGAACCAAACUUGUAGUCGUUUUGUCAUGUUUGAUGAUAAAAUGCUACUUGUAUUCUGUGCCUUUUUCCCAUUUGGCCAGGCUGAGUUGUUGUAUUAGUCAAUUGUUGCUGUGUGUGAUUUUUACAGCUGCUGGGAGUUGAACCUGACUUAAUAAAGAAUAUUUUAGAAAUGUAUAAACUUGCCCAUAUCUCUACCAGAUACUUCCUAAUAAUAGCAAGAUUAUAAUGAACUAGAACUCCAUAGGAUACUGUCCCUGCCUACAUUCCCCACCAACCAGCUCCCCUUCCUCCUAAUUCUACAAGAGCUAAGAGGAUGAAGGCCUGCCCUCCCCAUAAUAGCUCCCGAAUAAAGGAAAUAAGGGUAAGUAAAGGUCAAAUUUCCUGUUGCUAAAGAAAAGCUAUUAAUGUUUCCAUUAGUGAGAGGCAGCUUUUUAUAAGGUAUAGAUGCACUAUGUUCCAUUCCAGAACUCUGGUCAAGAAUUCCUUGCACAAAGUAGGCACUUAAUAAAUGUCUGUUGAAUUUAAUUUGUUAAAUUGAAGAAUGUACUUGAUCAGCUUGGUCACUUCAGGAUUUAACUUAUGUAACCCUUGAUUCCUGUGGCCAACAGUGUAUUAUAGAACAAAUUGUACUACAUUAAAUUUCCAGAAUACUGUUGUAUAACUUCUGCUGCAAAUAAAAACUGGAGUUAGGUACAAGAUUUAAAUCCAGUUUACCCUUGUAACAUGAGGUAGAAGCAACUAAUUGCUCUUCCCAUUUAGUUACCUAAAUGGUAACUUCUUAACUUUGCUCUCUUGUGUAGGGAAAGGGCAGAGGAAGAAAAUGAGAAUCCUCAUCUAAGCAUCUGAAGCAAGAGAAGCUAUAAACGGUCCCCUAAACCUUCAUCUUCAUUUUCUGUCUUCACCAAUGACAUUUUGCUUUCUUGAGUUGUGAAAAGGUCACAGUCUAGGCUCUGGGCUUGUCCAGUCUUUUACCAGCAUUCUUUUCCCUCAUGUCUGUCCCCACUGAUAUUGUGGCCACUUGUUUUAAUAUGGUUUGUAAUUUUACAACAGAAGCUGUUCAAAGGAUGUUUUCAAAUAAAAACCUAAAAUAAUCCACA